AUGGCCUCCGAUUCCAAACAAUGUAAGUAUUUAACAGUUUGUAUGCAUUAUAAUGGUUUAUUCACACCAAAACCAUUAGUGUACUUGAACGCUGUUGUUGUUUCAAUCUGCGAUGUCGAUUUUGGUGCAAUGGAUCUCAAAGAGUUUAACUUGUUCAUUACAAAGUUGAUUGAAGGCAGUUCUGAUAAUGUAUAUUAUUGCACUAGAAAUGAACCAUUGGCAAAGGGUAUUAGGAGAAUUAGGAAUGAUGUUGACUACUUUGAGAUUAUUGAAACGGGUUAUAGUGAUGAAGUUGGUCUAAGAAUGAAUGUGUAUAUAGACCACGAUAAUGAACCUGUACUUGAUUGGGCUGAUAUGGAAGUAGUGGAAGAUGAUGAAGGGCAUUAUUCUGAGGAAGACCCGGAUGAUGAUAAAGAUUCAUAA